AUGAACGGCAACAUCUCAUCUUCCUCUUGUUUGAUGUACGAUGUAGCCUUGAGAUCCUGUUUGUACAGCUCCAGGCUCGACGACUUGUCUCCGGAAAAAAUGUCCUCGGUGUCGUCGAACAGGUUGCUGUACUCCUGUUUUGCGAUCCCUUCAUCUUCUUCGAGCUUCAACUUGGAUGGGGAAGUUGAGCCGGGCGGCGAGAUGUAUGCAUCUUGCGCCUUUCUUUUUUGGCUGUUGGUAGUGGUAAAAGAAGCCGGUUCCGAAACCGGUUCCGUUUCUGGGACUUGUAGGGUGUCCUCGUUAUCCUCGACACUCAUUUCAAUGUCGUUGUUGUCGUCUUCCUCCGAAGACAACAGAUCCUCGUCGAAACUUGGCGAUGGGAUCGCCGAUUUCAGUUUCUUGGAAGUUUUCGCGUAUGAUGUCUUUUGCUUCUUUGUUGGAAUCAAUCCCGUCAACUCCAACCCGUCCGGUCUUUCCACUUUGCCACAAGGCUCAAGCGAAGUAUCCACAGACGAGAAGUCAAUACUGUUUUCCGAUAAAAGAGAAGUCAGACCCGAAAUGAUCUGGGCCGUCUUGUCCUGA